AUGAGCCCGGCGCGCUUCCUCUGCGCCAAGAUGCUUGUGUUAUGCUCGGUGUACAAGAAUCUCUUCAACGGGGACUUGAACCCCGGUCUCCAGCGUGACCAGCUGUAUCUUCACAAGAUAUCCCACGAGAACACAUACUCUUUCCACCCCAUGCCCGACGGCUCGUUUUGCAUGCUGUGGCCUGGCUCAUCAAAGGCCAUAUUACGACGAGUCGAACUCGCCGGCACUGUCCCGUGCAACAUGCCGAGUUUUAUCCUGGAUGCGGUGGGCGCUGGGCCCAGGCACUUCUACCAACCCUCAGGGACGGCUGAUGGUCAAAUGCCCCUUUCCCAGAAGAAUUCGCCAAGACCGAGGUUCGCUGCUUGCACCAGGUUAUCCGUUCAGAUCAUACUCGUCAGGUUGGAACCACCGGAUUAUGAAUCGACAGACGGGGGGGGCAGUUUGCUGCCUUGCAAGGUGACACUUGGUCUCACGCAUAUCCACACCGACCUUACCACUCUAUGGAAUGGUCUCCACCCGGGGGAUUCUCGACCUAGGCCAGCGGCCAGCCACGACAGGACAGACUCGACUAUCGAAUCAACUCCCCUCUACAUACCUUACCUAACUUCUUCUGGUCUCGGUCCGAUGAAACGCUCUCGUGACGGCCGGGCCGCUCGGUGGGACGAGCUGGACGCUCCAUUUGCAGCGGGGGUCUGCCUUGUCUACCACCCUCGUCUCCGCCAUGCUACCGCCGUGGAAGAAUCAGGAGCCCAGGAGAUGUCUUCGGCCAACGAACAGCUAGUAGCCCUCGGGCCUGCCUUCUACGACAUUUGCCGGACAAGAAGUCUAGGUGUCUGCGGGUUGUAUACGAGACUCUGCCCGUCGGAAUGGAGAGGAGAGUAGAUGCUGGGUAUCAAGAAACAACUGUAGUAGCUCGACAGUUGACUCGCCCAACUGUAAGUUUAAGGCCCCCCUAGAAAAGGCCGGACGCAUCGAUGAUGUAUGGGGAUAGCAAGUGAUUGGAGAAGGAGGUCCAAAUCCGGCAGGGGGCGAGAUCGGGAUGCGGAGAUCAGUAAAGGAAUGUUGUUGGGGUGCAGGGC